AUGGCAAUUCUAAAAAAUAUCCUCAUUCGCACGUGCGUCGUAGCAGUGACGCUACUGACAAAGGAGAUGAAAAAUAAAUUGGGGUUCUCACCAAUCCUGUUUUCCAACGCCGAAGGAGUAACGGCACAUAAUUGGUUUAAUAACAUAUUAGGAGAACGAGAAAAGGACUUCCUCAAAGGAAUUGAAGAGAACUGGCAUCGAGGAUGGAGGAAGGAUUUAUUAAAUAGCUUUCAAAACAGUUGGUUAGGAGGAAUAAAACAUGAUAGCAUGCUGAAGGACUCCGUCAACAUCAUCCUUGCACAUGCACCCAAGAAAAACAGAAAUAUUAUUAGUCAACACAUUAACGAAUUACUAAGUGGAAGAUAUAAUGAAAUAAACCCAAGGAACCUACUACAUAGAAUUUCAAAUAUUAUUAAAAAUGGAAAAUCAGAAAGCUUAUGUGAUGACAACAAGUCUUUUAUCAUUAUAGGAAUACCUCAUUUGAUUUUUGGUUCAGAUUUAUUAAAUGAUUUAAAAUUAGAAACAAUUAAUUUUUUAAUUAGAAAUAUAACCAAGCAUUUGAAUGGAUGCCAAUUACAAGUACAAGGAUCUGAUGUGUCAAAUAUAACUAAUGGAUGCCAAUCUGACAUGGACAAACAAAUCAUUUUUGAUGAUACGAAACCAGAGGGUGUUGGACAUGGGAAAGGAUUGCAACUUACCCCAAGCAAUAAAUUCUUUAGCAGCCUUUUACAGUGCUCUGUUGAUAACCUAGGGUCAGGGGAGAAAACCAUGAUGUGCGUUCAAGAACAGCUAGCCAAACGAAACUUAAAACUUUCUGAUACUUGUUCUACUUGCUUUAAAGAAUCUGUUGAUUGUGGUAAGUCCAACUGCUGGCUCCCCUGCCUAUUCGGCAACCCCUGUGCGGACAGAUGCUACCAGUGCGCUACCGACAGCUGCAACAAGGACCUCAUUCGAUGCAGUGGCUUGGACAACCUCCCAGGCGCAUGUGCAUGA